CACACACACACACACACACACACACACACACACACACACACACACACACACACACACACACACACACAGGCUCUCUUUCUCUCUCUCUCCCUCUGCUCAUGCAGAGUAAACACAAAGCUCAGCACUCUACACUCUCUCUCUCUCUCUCAGAUGCAGCGGUUGAGCAAGGGAAGGACAGACUGAGAUUUUGCUGUUUGUGUCUGAACGGAGCGUAAAGUUAUGCAUGUUUAAAUUUAGGAAGAGGAGGAUGAGGAUGAGGAGGGAGGUCUGUUGGCUGCAGGAUUCCAUCACUCUUAGCAACCGUUAUUGAGUUACCACGGAAACACUCUGGGAUGUUCUCUGCUUCUCCUUUGUUCUCCUCCAUCGCUCUUCUCUCGCUGUUUCUCUCACUCUCUCUCUCUCUCUCUCUCUCUCUCUCUCUCUCUCUCCAUCCUGUCUUUAUUGCUGGUCGACUUCCUCCUUGCGUUGCUAAGGCGAUGCUCUGGGACAUUCAGCAGGAUCAUUUUGCAGCCGCAGUGGCGGAGCACAGAGCUCAACUGUUAGCUGUGAACUGCUGAAGGAAGUCAUCAGCUGAUCAGCUUGUUUACUUGCUGGUGUUUGAUCUAGUGAAAGACGCCAUUAGUCUGCUCCUGCUUUUCAACUUUUGGACAAAAACUACUUUGUCUUGUCUUGUGAACUUUAACCCCUCUGCUUCUCUGAUUGGAUCAGACCAGAGAUAAUUAUUCUGGAUUGUUGGGUGACAUCACAGGAAGUUGGAUGAAGUUCCAUCGAACCUAAGCACUCUUGGUUGCGAUCGGUGUCAAUGUUUUCAUGACAGAGACAGUCCGAACGAUUCACAGAGACCAAACUCUGCUCUCUGAAUACUUAUACGACCCUUAAAAAGAAACCCACCUCCUUUUUCUCCUCCGCUGCGCAGAGAUGAACAAGGAGGUGGAGCAGCCGCAGCUGCACGAGGAGGUGCUGGAGCCAGAGGAGCAGGAGCAGGACGAGAUGCAGCAACAGCAGGGAGAGCCAGAGGAAGAGUUGGUGCAGCAACAGGAAGGAGAGCAGGAGGAGGUGGAGUUUGAGGGGGUGCAGCAGGAGGAGAUGUUACAGUUGGAAGAGGAGCAGAAGGAGCUGCAACAACAGGAAGAAGAACAAGAGGAGGUGCAAUGUGGGGAAGAGGUGCAACAGGAGCAGAAAGAGGUUCAGCAGAUUGAGGAGCUGCAGCAGUCUGAGGAGGAGGAGGAGGAGGAGGAGCUGCAGCAGGAAAAGGUGCAGACUGAGGAGAUGUCACAGAUUGAGGAAGAGCAGGAGGUGAAGCAGGAGACUAAACAGGAGCAGCAGGGUGAAGAGGAACAGCAGACGACUGAGGAGGUGCAGCAGACAAAGGUGCAUCAGAACGAGGAGGUGCAGGACUUUGAGGACUCUCUGGAGCAGAACCACAACAACCAGGUGUUGAUUCGACUGAGAGGAAUGCAGAAAUAUAAAAGUACAUCACAGAGGCUGAAGGUGGUCCUGGAGCAGAUGGACCGUGGCGUCGUAGACCUGCAGGAACUCCGCAGGAACCUGGAGCUCGCUGCUGCCAUGUUGGACGCUGUUUACACUGAUGAAACCAAGCGUCUGUUGGACACUGAGGAUGAGCUCAGCGACUUGCAGGUGGAGUCGGUGCCAAGCGAAGUACGUGACUGGCUGGCAUGUACCUUCAGCAGGAAGAUGGGCGUAUCCAAGCGCCGUCCUGAGGAGAAGCCGAGAUUCAGGAGCAUUGUCCAUGCAGUACAAGCUGGGAUAUUUGUAGAGAGGAUGUACAGACGGACAUCCAACAUGGCUGGUCUGAGCUACCCUCCCACGGCUUUGACAGCUCUGAAGGAAGUGGAUCAGUGGUCGUUUGAUGUAUUUUCCUUCCAUGAGGCCACUGGAGACCACGCCCUCAAAUUCCUGGUCUACGACCUGCUGACCCGCUAUGACCUCAUCAACAGGUUCAGGAUCCCAGUGCAGGCUCUGGUGCAGUUUGUUGAUGCUCUGGAGAAUGGCUACAGCAAACACAAGAACCCCUACCACAACCUGAUCCACGCUGCUGAUGUCACUCAGACUGCCCACUUCCUGAUGCUGCACACUGGACUGAUGCACUGGCUCAGCGAACUGGAGAUUCUUGCAAUGGUCUUUGCUGCAGCGAUUCAUGACUUUGAACACACAGGAACCACCAACAACUUCCACAUCCAUACCAGGUCAGAGGUGGCCAUUCUGUACAAUGACAGGUCAGUGCUGGAGAACCAUCAUGUCAGUGCCGCCUACAGGCUGAUGGCAGAGGAGGACAUGAACAUCCUCGUCAACUUGAAUAAGGACGACUGGAGGGAGCUAAGGGCUCUGGUGAUAGAGAUGGUGAUGUCCACCGACAUGUCCUGUCACUUCCAGCAGAUCAAGACCAUGAGGAAUGCCCUAACACAGACACACAGUAUAGACAAAGUGAAGGUUUUGUCUCUGAUGCUUCAUGCUGCAGACAUCAGUCAUCCAGCCAAAGCCUGGCCACUGCACUACCGCUGGACUCACAGUCUGAUGGAGGAGUUCUUUAGACAGGGAGAUAAAGAGGUGGAACUCGGUCUUCCUUUUUCUCCUCUCUGUGACCGCAAAGCCACCAUGAUUGCCCAAUCACAGAUAGGUUUCAUAGACUUCAUCGUGGAGCCGACUUUCAGUGGUCUGAUUGAUACAACAGAAAAAGUGAUUGGUCCUCUGAUAGAAGAAGACAGGAAGGCCAGAGAGACUGGAAACAGGAGAUCCAGUCUAACAGGAAGUGGUUCAGUUACCGUGGAGUCAGUGCAAAGACACAGUAGUGGUCGCCAUGGGAACAGUGUUGAUGGACAGAUGGACUUUUCCCUGACAGCUAUUGACCUGCCAGCUCUGAGGCUCCACCUAUCUGACGUCAUUGCCAGCAACAAGGACAGAUGGAAAGAGCUAUCUGUGCACGAGCUGGCCAAUAAGGAGAAAGAGGAAAAAGAGGAAGUGGAGUCUCAUGUCAACUCAGACAUACAACCGCAUGUCUCACCCAGUCACAGUGUCCCUGAUGGACACACCUCUGACCAGUCACAGAAGUCAAACUGCUCCCCUCCUGAUGAAACACAUGACAACAAUUCUUCUGACCACAUGCCUACAGAUCACCUGACCUGGAAUGGGGCGGGGACAGGGGAGGAGGAGAAGGAGAAGGACAAUGAUGAAGUGCUGGAAAACGUCUGAUGAUGCUCCACGGCGAGCCCGCCACUGUAUCUGACUGUGGCAGAUCACCAUGGCAACAGAUGGUAUGGUGCAGUGAUAAUAAGAGUUCAGGCUCUUCUGUUUAAACACAGCAGCUGACAGUGUGGUUCAGUGGCCCCCAAAUGGCCCCAAAAUUAUGUUUACAACUGACCAUAAAAUUAUCACAUUCAGAGGGACAAGAUUCAUCAAAUAACAGCUUCUUAGCAGCUUCAUGGUCCAUUUACAGUGGUGAAAGUGUUUGUUAUUUAUUAGAAACUCAAAGGAACAGUGUCAGUGAAAAUGUUGGCAAUAUCAGUUUAAAUCAAAAUAAAGACAGACAAGAUAAAACCAAAGAGCGUAUAGUGGCUGAAAAUGUCCUCAUCAUGGCUAAGGCAGGCUAAAUGUCUGUUAUCUGAAGGAAUGAGACAUGGAGCUGUUAAGAAGCAGUUGUGGAGGCUUUGUGAAUGAAGCUGAGCAGAGUGACAGGUGUGUUGUUACACGUCUUAUAAUAUGUUAGAAAUGUGUAGAGAUAUUUGCUCUGUUCUCUGUUCUGCAUGUGCUUCUGGCUAAAACCCAAUAUGUGAUGUCAGAGCUGUCAAAUAAUAGUCAAUAGAUCCUUUAGGCUAUGGCAUGGUUUUAAAGCUGCAGUAGGUAACUUUUAAAAUAGUAACUUUUUGUCAUAUUUACCGAAACUUUCACUAUAUCCUGACAGUAGUACAUGAGACAGAUAAUCUGUGAAAAACUCAGGUUCCUCUGGUUCCUCCUGGUGCUCCUAAUGGCAUUUGCUAGAACGCACAACCAAUCAGAGAAAAAACAACCAAUUCACCUGUCAUAAGGAGCAUGACAUCUUGUACAAACAUUCAUGGCUCCCAUUUGAUGUAUCAUAUUGACUUUGGUGAUCCUCUGACUCUCCAUCAUUAUGCUAUCAGCAGGUCAAAAUUUUCACUUAUCCAGUGAAAUAUCUCAGAAUCUAUAAAAUGUAAUUUUAUAGCUACAGACAUUCAUGAUUCCCAUUGUUGAGCCAGAUACAAAGCGUAUAGCGCUAGACAUAUGUGAUUUUUUUGUCUUCAUAUGGAGAAAAUAAAUAACGUACAGGCAGCCAGCCUUUCCGACUCCGACACUCUGACCUAUUUUUGUUACACAAAUUGUUGGAGUUACAGAAACACAUUUUACUACGAUUGUACCGGUGUGAUUAUAUGUAACAAUUUAACAUAAACAUGGUUGCCAGACUAGAACAGGCUAGCGCUAGUCAGUCACAAUAGCUGUUUAAAGACACAGUGAAAUGGGCACCUGGUUAGCUCAGUUGGUAGUGCUGGUGACCCAUGUACCAAGGCUGAGUCCUUGCUGCAGCGGCCCAGGGUUCGAGUCCGACCUGCAGCCCCUUGCUGAGUGUCAUCCCCUCUCUCUCUGCCCCCAUUUCCUGUCUACCUUCGGCUGUCUCUAUCAAUUAAAGGCAAUAAAUAGCCCAAAAAUAGCGCCUUUCUGUCUUCCGACCGCUCAAAGCGCUUAUACACUACAUGCCACAUUCACCCUUUCACACACAUUCACUCAGUGAUGAUCCAUCAAACAGAAACUAACAUUCAUAAACAUUCACACAACGAUGCACGGCAUUGGGAGCAAUUUGGGGUUCAGUAUCUUGCUCAAGGAUACUUCGACAUGUGGCACCAGGAGCCGGGGAUCAAACCCACAACCUACCGAUUAAGGAACGACCUGCUCUGCCUCUGAACCACAGCCGCCCAAUCAAAUGUGAUUUGGGGCAGCUAAGGUUUACAGAGAUUCAAAUCUGAAGAGCCUGAUUUAAAAGUGGUAGCUAAUCUAAUUGUUACUGCUAUAAUUACGUUGUUAGCAAUAGCCUCAUUAUUUUCUAACAUCAAAUCGUUACACUUAUUAGAAAUUGAUGAACAACUGAUAAAAACAAAAAUUUAAAAUCCUAGGCAUUAUAGCACAGUGUAUGCUUGUGUAAUAAUAUAAUAUCAACUUAAAGAAAAUCAGUCAAUGGAACAAACAAAUUUAAGUUCACUAAAACAACUUUAUUCACUAGUUGAGUAGUUAAUGAGUUCAUUUUUGAGUUAGCUUUUUUCAUGGGAUUGAGUGACUGAAGGAUUAAGUUAUGUUAACUUACUUCUUUUAUUAAGCUAUGCUGUUAGGUUUUAUAGUGUAGAAUUGUAAUGCCAAACUGACCUAACUUAUACCUGCUGUGUCAUUACAAACUGGGGCAUGGCCAGAAGUAAAAUGUGUGACAGUUGGAACCCUCAGUGAGCAGAGCAGAAGCAGCGAAUCAGUGUGAAUUUCUAACCUUUGAAUGGGCAGUCAAAAACAGAGUUUACAUGUUACCACUUUAAAGGACUUUUCUUUUUAACAACAUGGGUCGUCUUGUACUUUUGGCAAUAUACCCAUAGGUUAGCGUAACAUAGUACUCGCCACCAUCAUUGUAGAAACUUUGGACACAAGUACACAAGCACUCCGAUGGAAACAGAUUUUUCCUUUAAAUCAACAGUGUCUGUUGUUUCUGUACUCGGUUGUAAAACCGUGUUACUGUCACUCCUUCUGACUGUGAAUAAAGAACAGUGCUGUCCAUAAUAUCACCAUGGUGACAAGGGCAACAGGAAUACCAGUUUCUAUAGCAAUGGCCAAUGAGCUGAUGGGUGGAGCCAACAUGGCAGACAGUGAAAACACUUUAGAUCCUCUGAGCACUGUGUUUGUUGAUGCAAUGUGUACUAUAGUCAUUGUGUGCUCUUUGGCUCUGUGUGUGUAUGUGUGUGAGGCUGUGUGAAUGAGUGAGUGUGAGAGAGAGAGAGUUUGUGUGUGUGUGUGUGCACUGUAUACUGUAAAGCUGUUUUCUGUAUUAUUGUAUUAAACACUGACAACUCCA